AUGAGCGGUUGCGGCCGGACUGCCGACAUCGUCCUCAUCUGCUUCAACGUCGAGUCGCCCGACUCCCUGGAGAACACCUCGGAGUCGGGGAGGCCAGAGCUGCGAUACUUCAGCUCCGGCGUGCUCAACAUCUCUGCGGGGAACAAAGGGGACCAGCGCAACGACCCGCGCCCGCUACAGGACUCACCAAGCAUCGACUCUCCGGACUCCUUGGAGAACAUCGCGCCGGCGUCGGGGAGACCGCAUGUGCGCCACUUCUGCCCCAACGUGCCCAUCAUCAUAGCGGGGAGCAAGAAGGGCCUUCGGAACGCUCUGCGCACGAUGCCGGCACUCGCCAAGAAGUGGCUAUAG